UUCGUCAGUUCCCGUGGACGUUGGACUUGGCGUUUAUCGCUCUUUUUAUCUCCGUACCUGGAAAUAUGUUCAAGAAGUUCUCCUCUGAGGAUGUAUCCUCUCAAAAUCAAGUGAAAGCAUCUGUGCAGCGCAAGAUCAGGCAAAGUAUUGCAGAUGAGUAUCCAGGCCUGGAACCAGUGUUAGAUGACUUGCUACCUAAGAAAGCACCCCUCAUUGUUGUCAAAUGUCAAAACCAUCUGAAUCUGGUUGUGGUGAACAAUGUGCCUUUGUUUUUCAAUGUUCGUGAUGGUCCAUACAUGCCUACACUACGGCUGCUUCAUCAAUAUCCAACUAUAAUGAAAAAGCUGCAAGUGGAUAGGGGUGCAAUUAAAUUUGUUCUUGCUGGUGCAAACAUAAUGUGUCCUGGCCUUACAUCUCCUGGUGGGGUUUUGGAUGAUGAUGUUCUGGAAGAAACACCUGUGGCCAUAAUGGCUGAGGGAAAGCAACAUGCUCUUGCUAUUGGUUUCACAAAAAUGUCUGCAAAAGACAUAAGAGCCAUCAACAAAGGAAUUGGUGUGGAUAACAUGCAUUAUCUGAAUGAUGGUCUGUGGAAGAUGGAGCGAUUGGAUUGAGGAUGGGUCAAGCAACUUCAUCAAUAUGAAUCAGCCCAGCAGAUCAUAAGUGGAUUCAGGUCCGUCACAAUUAUCUGGUCUUCUCUAUUGGAUCACAAGGGCUGAAAAUGCUGUCAAACUGUAGCUCAAAAUCUGGUAAGAGAAUUAUACAAAGUAUACUUGGGAAAACAAAAGUUUUGGCAUAAUCUUUGUAACAAAUGAUGGGCUAUUUUUUGCGCAUAAGUUGUACGAAGGAGGAUUGAGUCAGGAACAGAGCCACAAUCUUUGCAGUGAGUAUUGGGCCAUCUUCAUGAUUUUGGGCUGGCUGUUCUACUGUCUUCCGAAACUUUGAUCUAGAGAACUAGAUACAUAUCAUUUUGAAG